AUGCUCUUCUGUACGCUAAAAUGGUUCGUGUAUUUCCAGUUCGCUGGUUCACAACUGCCAGGUGCCUACAUGGUGCUGAGCAACCCACACUUCUUGUUUGGUGACAUUCGGUAUAGGAACGGUGUCUUUGGCAUGAACCCCGUAAUCGACAAGCACGGCAUAUUCCUCGACAUAGAACCAAACACAGGAACUAUUCUCAGAGGUUCGAAAAGAGCUCAAUUCAACGUCUUCAUGCGGCCGGUGACUAGAGUACAUGCCACACAGAAAUUGAGGACCACGCUGACGCCCAUAUUCUGGAUAGAGGAGAACACAGGAACUAUUCUCAGAGGUUCGAAAAGAGCUCAAUUCAACGUCUUCAUGCGGCCGGUGACUAGAGUACAUGCCACACAGAAAUUGAGGACCACGCUGACGCCCAUAUUCUGGAUAGAGGAGGCCAUGACGUUACCCGAAGAAUACACGGAUGAAAUUUCGACGCAGUUACUUUCAAGACUGGAUCUAAUAGCUAUAUUGGUUCCCGUGAUCGUAGCCAUUUGCGGCGUGGUAUUGCUGAUAGGUAUCAUUUUAGCAGCUUGCGUACGUCUAAGGAAGUCUGCUGAAAGUGAUAUUUUAACAAACUCUUCCGAUUAA